AAUAAGCAUUUGAACCAGGGACCAAGGGGAUCAAUGAAAGGAAAGGGCUCUGGACAGCGUCACAUUCGGUCGCAAUCAUGAUGUCCGAGAUCUUGGGUGCCGUGCAACGCCGUCCCGUCAUUGUAACGCGCCCCAGCGCCGCAACCGGAAAGCUUCCCUUGCUAGGAAUGCAACGGAGAAUUGGAAUGCCCUAACCAACAUCCUGUCUACCAAACAAUGAAAGGGUUGGGGCAGAGGUAAACAUCAAUCACAGACAGACCUUCUGAAAAAGCAUAUAUACCGUCUUUUGCUCCGUCGUUUUCGAUACCUUCUCAUCAUCAUCAUCAUCUCUCACUCUCUCACUCCAAUCAAACAAUCUAUCAAUUCUCCAAAAACCCAACCCUCUUCAAUUCAAACCACCACCAUGCGUUUCUUCGCCAUCCUCGCUGCUGCCACUCUGGCCACCGCCACCGCUGCCGUCGGUGGUCCCUCCGCCCGCAACCUUGAGGUCCGCGCUGCUGAGGGCGACAAGGGCGACAAGCCCCGUUACUCCGUCCCCGAUGACUGGACCAUCGAGCAGGGUUCUGCCAAGUGUGGUAACCAGGCUCAGCUCUCCUGCUGCAACAAGGCCACCUACGCCGGCGACACCACCACCAUCGACGACGGUGCUCUGGCUGGUCUCCUCGGCAACAUUGCCGGUACUGGAUCUGGCUCUGAGGGUGUUGGUCUCUUCGACCAGUGCUCCAAGCUCGAUCUCCAGAUCCCCAUCAUCGGCAUCUCCGCUCAGGAUAUCCUCAACCAGCAGUGCAAGCAGAACAUUGCCUGCUGCCAAUACAGCGGUGCCGAUGCUUCCGACGACCUUCUCGGUGUCGCUCUUCCCUGCGUUGCUCUCGGUUCCAUCAUCUAAGCGAGUCUCUGGAUGGUUGGAUGCAAGGGUGGCCGAAAUUGCUCUUUUCCUCUUCUGUUCUUUUUGGCAAGAGUAGGCCCAUUUCCGGACUUUCUUCGUUUCACUAGACUGCCUUUUUUUUUUUUAAAAAAAGUGAUUUCUAGUCUACAUAAUCACGCC